AUGGCACAUCCGCAGACGCAGUUUACGCAGACCGAAUUCACCGGGGCGUCGCUGCUCCAGACACGGCGGACAACGGUGGGACGGGCGACGGCAAAAGCGCAGCUGAAGCGGAUGAAAGACUCGGGACAGUACGACGCGUUUAGCUUGAAGAAGAAGCCGACGUACGAUAAGUCCCGCUGGCCGUGCCCGCCGCCUGUCUAUUGGGAUAGCGAUGUUGCUAAGUGGAUCGAGGGCGCGUGUUAUUUGCUCAGCGAGGAGUACGACGCCGAGAUCGAUGCGGCGGUGCGGGAGCUUGCGGAUAUGAUACGUAGCGCGCAGCAACCGGAUGGGUAUUUGAAUACGUGGUUCACGAUUGAGGAGCCGGAAGGGAGAUGGUCGAAUAUUAGGGAUAAGCAUGAGCUGUACUGUGCUGGGCACCUGAUAGAAGCGGCGUUGGCGCAUAGCAAUUACUACAAGAACAACCUCCUGAUAGAACCGUUGGAGAAAUACGUCAAGUUGAUCAGCACGGUUAUCGGACCGGGUCCGGAUCAGAAACAUGCCUAUCCGGGCCAUCCAGAGACGGAGCUCGCGCUCCUUCGUCUCUACACGGCGACAGGGAACGAAGACGCCUAUAAGCUGGCCCAGUAUUUCGUGGAGGAGCGUGGUAACCCGACAGGCCAGGAUGGCCUCCACUACUACGAGUGGGAACGACGGCAGCGUGGCGAAAGCCCGUAUCAACGGCCGGACAGUUACUCGAUGCACGAUAGCGGUUGGUAUAACCAAUCUCACGUUCCGAUUCUAGAACAGAAGACUAUCGAGGGCCAUGCUGUCAGGGCCAUGUAUCUCCUAACUGGUGUUGCCGAUCUACUAUGCCUAGACGAACUUGGAGUGAGGCCUUACGCACACAAGAGUGAGUAUUUUGAGGCCCUUACCAGGCUAUGGAACAAUAUGGUCGAUAAGAAGAUGUACCUCACUGGGGGGAUCGGGUCGAUGUGGCAAUGGGAAGGCUUUGGUAUCGAUUACUUUCUACCGCAGAGUUCCGACGAAGGUGGGUGCUAUAACGAGACUUGCGCGUCUAUCGCCGUCAUAAUGUUGGCCGAGCGCCUAUUACAUCUUGAUUUGAACUCGAAAUACGCCGACAUAAUGGAGUUAUGUCUCUACAAUGCAGUGAUGACAGGGCUAAGUCUAGAGGGGACCGCAUUCACAUACGUAAAUCAGCUUGCGAGCUCGGAGUCUGAUAAAAGCCGCCGAGAGGAUUGGUUUGAUACAUCAUGUUGCCCACCGAAUGUUAUGCGGCUUUUUGGCUGCCUCGGGGGAUAUCUAUGGGAUUACGGAGGCAGCGGAAAGGAUGCCUACGUCAACGUACAUCUAUACACAACGGCCAAGGUUACGUUUCAAGUAGAAGACCAGCAAAUCGUACUCGAACAAAAGUCAAAUUGGCCGUGGGAGGGGAAUACGCUAUUCCAGCUGCAGGCCCCGGCGUCUACGGGCGUAACUAUCAGGUUAAGGAUUCCUUCCUGGGCGCGAGGGAAUUUCACGCUCACGCCGAGCCACAAAGCUGCAGAGGUCGAGAAGGGUUACCUGGUUCUCCCGUCCGCUUACACUUCGGCGAAUAGGGCCUUCUCGAUCCAGAUCGACGGGUUCAAGCCCCGAUUCAUCUCUCCACACCCCUAUACCAAUCAGAACACGCUUACCCUCGCUCGUGGGCCGCUGAUCUACUGCGUGGAGGAUGUUGACAAUGCAUGGGAGCAGGACCACUUCCGCAACGUCGGGAUUAAACCCGACUCUGAAGUCACCGAGAAGGAAGAGGAGACGAACCAAAUGGGGGAGCGCUACAUUGCCCUCCGAUCGGUCGGUUGGAUCCGCAAGAUAGAUGAUCGGACCGAGUCGAAGUCCGGCAUCGAACCCGGUAUAUCCCUCCGUCAGACGGUGGUGGCUGAGGAGAAGGAACUCACCUUCAUCCCCUACUAUCUCCGUGCGAACCGUGGUGGCAGGGGCCACAUGAGAGUUGGGCUACUAAGGGGCUGCUAG